AUGCGGCUGCUGAACACUACCACGUACAAGUUGGAGGUCUUCGACGGCAGUACUCCGAUGUAUGGCAUACUGUCCCAUCGCUGGACUCAUGAAGAAAUGACAUACCAGGACUACCACAUGCAACGGAGCUGCGAGAGAUCGGGAUACCACAAGAUUAUUCAGGCUUGCGAUUUUGCCAAGGAUAAUUUCCAAGACUGGCUGUGGAUCGAUACAGUAUGUAUCGACAAGAAGAGCAGCGCAGAGCUCUCCGAAGCAAUCAACUCCAUGUUCGAGUGGUAUCAGGAAGCUCAGGAAUGCUACGUUUAUCUUGCUGAUGUUCGACCGCCUAGCGAGCACGACUUCGAUGUUGUGGAGAGCGACUUCUUUGCAAGCGAUUGGUUCACUCGCGGCUGGACGCUUCAGGAGUUAAUCGCGCCUUCCCGUGUGAUAUUCUGUGCAAGCAAUUGGGAGAUUGUAGGAGUGAAAAGCAGCCAUGAUGGGUCUCUCUAUCGCGAGUUCUCCUUCCACGUUUCGCUGAACUCCAGAAUCACGAGAAUCACAGGAAUACCCGAGGACAUUCUCCGCAAUCCAUAUCUCAUCCGCCGUCGCACCGCCAGGAUUGAAGAUCAAGCUUACUGCCUUCUGGGUCUCUUCAACGUCAACAUGCCACUUCUAUACGGCGAGCGAGCCAAAUCUUUCGUACGUCUUCAGCGGGAAAUCCUUCUUUCCACCUUGGAUGAAUCUCUCCUGGCUUGGGAUACGCAACAAGGUCCCCCUGCUCACCUAUCCUGCAUGCUAGCAGAGUCACCCGCUGCCUUCAUGCAGGCGAACAGAAUUGAAGGUCACACCUCCAAGCCAACCCUCGCUUCAAGGUUGCCAGAGGUGGUCUACUAG